AUGUCGUCUCUGAAAGUUGCGUUCGUCUCCCGACUUCUCAUGUUCUGUCUCGACCUGGCAAUGCUGGUGGGUUACUGUAUAAGGAUUACUGUAGAAUUGCUCUUUCUUUCAGCUCUGCGCAUCGGUCCUCGUCGUCUGGGGCUCGUUCAUGAACAACUCGGCGUACGACCGUCACCUCAAAGACGUCGUCUUCAACUACAACUCCUCCGAACCUCUCGCCACGGAUAAGUUCUAUUUGAGAGCCUGGGCGAGUCUAGAUCCUAAAGUAACCGGAAUAUUAUUCAUUUCACAGGUGUGGGCAGUGUACUGGAGUAUUUACGGACUGUCCAUUGGCGCUUUCCUCAUCGCUAUCAUCGGAUUGAUUGGAGCGUUGAGCCGGAAAAAAGCGGUGAUCGGAACGUUUUUGGUGUUGAUGGUUCCGUUUGUUCUUCUGGAAGUUGGUGGAGGAGUCACCGUAUGGACGAAACGGGGAUCUGUGAGUUGCCUCGGCAAAACACCGCAACUUUAGCGCAAACCUUGCACAACUUCUCUUUCAAAGUUGCGCAAAGUUUGUGUAAGGUUAUGCUGAGCUCCCAGGGAACCUUGAGACAAAAGUUACAGCUCCGCCGUCUAAUCGACAGUUUCGUGGCAGACAUGUACACGAUAAACUCGCUGUUCGACAUCCAAAUCAUUCAGAAUACGGUAUCGAACUCCGUCUGACUCUAAAUAAAAACCGGUGCCAAUUCAGUACAAUUGCUGUGGAAUCCGAACGGGAGAAUGGACUUGUGACGCCCGUCCGCCGUGCGACAUGGCAGUCUUUAACAGUGUGGACAACACUCAAAUGAUCGCUGCUCUCGUCUUCCUUCCUGUCCUUUUCUUUCAAAUUGUCCUCGUCGCACUCCCGAUUGUCAUUCUCGUGUUCGAACCGAGAAUGGAGAGGAAGACGACUUCACAGUAA